AGUUCACUAUUCACUAUAUGCUGUGUACUGACUCUUAGCCACAAUGGUGUAAAGGUUCAGUUUGAUUUUCGAUGAAGAACUAAAGCACACGGGAAUGUGGCCUUUUUGAACAUUUCUCUGUACAGUAUAUAUUUUCCACAGCGACAAUAAUGAGGUAGUGAUAGGUAGCUAGCUGUCACAGGAGCAGUCUGGUGGUUUUUGUUGCUGUAUGACCAUAUAACUUGGUUAUAAUCAUGGAGAAUUCAUUUGAGUCAGUGGUGAAUUUGCUGGAGUCGUACAGAGGAAGAGACAGAGUGGGUGGCACGGAGGUGCAGUGGUUAACGUUGCUUCUCACAGCUUCAGGGUUUGAAACUGAGCUCGGGUUAUUGUCUCCCCCAUCCUUGUGGAUUUCCUCUCGGUUCUUCAAUUUCCUCCCAUUCCAUAAAACAUGCUAAUAAGGACACUUUGCUAUGGAUCACAGCUGGUUGGUGGCAUCAUUUCAAGAAAAACAGCCAACUCCUCACAGCUCGGCAAGAGUCUCCUGCUCUUCUCAGCUCAGCUCAGUCACUGCCGGACAGUGCUGCGCUUGUUUGAUGACCUUUCUAUGGCUGCUUUUUCACGGAGCUACGGUCUAGGAUCCACGGAGGAGGACAAGGUGCAGCGGUGCAUGUCGGUGCUGAUUAACGUUGCAGAUCAGCUGUAUUAUCCGUGUGAACAUGUAGCCUGGGCAGCUGAUGCAGAGCUCAUUAAAGUCAAGUCUGACAAAUGGUGGACACUGAGCACCAUUCUGUGGGGUCUGUCUUUACUUCUGGGCACUCUCAGAUCGCUCAGAAUAAUCCGGAAAUUAAGGAAGAAGGUGCAGAAAUGCAGAGAAGCAGGACAAGGGGAUAGCAGGGAAAAAACUGCUACCACCACUGCUGAGAUUCAAAAGCAGAUUUGGGGAGAGUUUCUUAAUAUUCUUAGCAGCCUGGCAGAUCUGAGCAACGCUAUUCAUUGGAUGCCACCUGGAUUUCUUUGGGCCGGUCGCUUCCCUGAUUGGCUGGUGGGACUAAUGGGGACCGCAUCCUCCCUGCUUGGCAUGCUGCACAUGAGUUCCAGCGAUUAAAGUGCCAGUGUCUGACAUGAUGAACUGUUGGGACCUGAAUGAAUGUCUUUUUUUAUUUUUAUUUUUUUCAUAGAAGCUAUAUAUUUCCAUUCAGAUUCUUGUUAGGGUUUACAUGGAGAUGAACGCUUCACAAUGAUUUCACAUAACACACUAUAACAGGUACAUGACCUGUUCUUACAUAAUGUAUACAGUAUAUAAUUAUGUAAUUAUAUAAUUAAGAGACAGAUUGUACAGUAAAGGAAAUAUAGCACUUUAAGUAAAGGAUGUACACUGAACAAAUUGAUCAGUUACAAUUAAAAACAAACAAAACAAAACAAAAAAAUCAAUUUAUACGUAAAUAAAACUGAAAUAAUUGAGUA